AUGUCGGCGAAUAAUCCUAACUCAGCCAUAUACUUGAUUGAUACCGCCAAGGAAAUAAAUAAAAAGGUCCAAUAUGUUAAAUUGAUGAGGUUACAUGUACAUGUAAAUAGUGCGUUUAGUGGUGGAAAAGACAACCCGGCGGAACAAGCAAAAUUUGAAGCAGAUCUGGAGGUAGACACACCGUUGAAGUACUUGAAUUUCUUCCUAGAUGAUGAUACUGAACUUGAACACAUAAAGAAGGAAUAUGGAGAAGGAAGAAUGCUAUCUGGAGAAGUAAAGCAGAGACUCACUGAAGUUUUGACAGAAAUUGUGGAGAGACACCGCAAGGCUCGAGCUGCUGUUACUGAUGAGAUGGUGGACACGUUUAUGGUG